ACCUUUCAGCUUCAAGGCAUCAUCACUGGGUAUGAAAGGAAGCAGGCAGGCAAAGAGUAGCACACAUAUCUGAAAGGAAACUCAGGGAGGGAAUCACGGAGGACAGCGGCCAUGGACCUGAUCCCAAGCUUUUCCACGGAAACCUGGGUUCUCCUAGCUACCAGCCUGGUGCUGCUCUAUCUAUAUGGGACUUACUCACAUGGACGUUUUAAGAAGCUAGGGAUUCCUGGACCGAGACCUCUGCCUUAUUUUGGAAAUGUUCUGGCCUACCGGAAGGGCCUUUGGGAUUUUGACAGUAAAUGUUUUAAAAAGUAUGGAAAAAUAUGGGGGUUUUAUGAUGGUCAACAGCCUGUGUUGGCUAUCACAGAUCCAGAGAUGAUCAAAACAGUCCUAGUGAAAGAAUGUUACUCUGUCUUCACAAACCGGCGGUCUUUUGGUUUAACCGGUAUUAUGAAAAAUGCCAUCUCUAUGGCUCAGGAUGAACAAUGGAAGAGAAUACGAACGUUGCUGUCUCCAAGCUUCACCAGCGGAAAGCUCAAGGAGAUGUUCCCCAUCAUUGGCCAGUAUGGAGAUAUGUUGGUGAGAAAUAUGAGGAAGGAAGCAGAGAAAGGCAAGCCCGUCACCAUGAAGGACAUCUUUGGAGCCUACAGCAUGGAUGUGAUUACCAGCACAGCAUUUGGAGUGAACGUUGAUUCUCUCAGCAACCCACAAGAUCCUUUUGUGGAAUACGGCAAGAAGCUCUUAAAAUUUAACUACUUAGAUCCAUUCGUUCUCUCACUACUAUUCUUUCCAUUCCUCACCCUAGUCUACGAAGCAUUAAAUAUUUCUCUGUUUCCAAAAACUCUGUCUGACCUAGAACUGGUGGCCCAAGGCAUUAUCUUUAUUUUUGCUGGCUAUGAGACCACCAGCAAUUCUCUCUCCUUACUUGUGUAUGAACUGGCCACGCACCCCGAUGUCCAACAGAAGCUGCAGGAGGAGAUCGAUGCGACUUUCCCCAACAAGGUGAAUGAAUUGCUCAGGUUAAUCCCACUUGCUGGUAGGCUGGAGAGGGUCUGUAAGAAAGAUGUGGAACUCAACGGGGUGCUCAUUCCCAAAGGGACAACGGUGAUGGUGCCAGUCUUCAUUCUUCACCACGACCCAGAGCUCUGGCCAGAGCCUGAGGAGUUCCGUCCCGAAAGGUUCAGCAAGAAGAACCAGGACAGCAUAAAUCCUUACACAUACCUGCCUUUUGGGACUGGACCCCGAAACUGCAUCGGCAUGAGGUUCGCUAUGAUGAGCAUGAAACUGGCUCUCGUCAAAGUCCUGCAGAACUUCUCCUUCAAACCUUGUAAAGAAACACAGAUCCCCCUGAAAUUAAUCACUCAGUCGCUUUCACAACCGGAAAAACCUGUUGUUCUAAAGGUGGAGCCCAGAGAUGGGACUGUAAAUGGAGCCUGACUUUCCCUAAGGACCUGUGCUUUAUUCUGCGAGGAAGCUGCAUCCCGGAACACCAGAGACCUGGACUUUGUGAGAAAACCCAGAAAUAAAGGCGGGCGUCACCCACUGCACGUGAUGGGUGACUAGGGAUUCUGUGCGUUCACUUAGCUCUCUCAGGGUCUCUCUCAGGGUCUACGGGGAGUGUUGUAUGUUGUGUCACAUGAAGGAGGUGACUAGGAAGGGCCAGAUAUGUAGACUCAGCUUCCCGAGUUCUCACAGGACCAUCUCCACCCACCCCUAGUUAGUACCAUCUACUCCUCCUGAGUGCUGAUCAGAAUGAAAAUUUCUCAACAAUUUUAUCAACAGACCUAGUGAAAAUAAGAAUGAUAGUGGUGACUGAAGUAGUGACAUUUACGUCACAGAUUUUAUUUUGAAUGUUCUAAAUUAAAUAUGAUAAUGAACAAGUCAAUAAAGAUCUCUCUACCAAA